CUGUACUUACCAGUCAAAUCCUUUCACGCUGGCAGCCAUUUUGGUCUAACGGCGGAAGAUGAUGGUACCGAAUAACUGAGCUUUAUUUCUAUUUUCUCUUCUAAAAGAUGUCUUACAACGCGGAAAAACCAAUGGGGGAGCCGGACGUUGCAGACUCAAACCCUGGUGGAUUGUUUUCUAGUGAUUUCAAAAGGCAUGACGAUUUGAAAGCAAUGCUGGACGGUCCCAAAGACAACCACAAGCUAGAUGCUAUGAAGCGAAUCAUAUCUAACAUGGCCACCGGUAGAGAUAUGUCGGAGCUGUUCCCAGCUGUUGUGAAAAAUGUUGUUUCUAAGAAUGUUGAGGUGAAAAAGCUAGUUUAUGUUUACCUUGUGCGCUACGCAGAAGAGCAGCAAGACCUUGCCCUACUGUCUAUCAGCACUUUUCAGAAGGCCCUCAAGGAUCCAAACCAACUGAUUCGUGCAAGUGCUCUACGCGUGCUGUCCAGUAUCCGUGUUCACGUCAUUGCGCCAAUUCUUAUGCUGUCCAUCAAAGAGGGAGUUGUAGACAUGUCACCAUUUGUAAGGAAGACAGCUGCCCAUGCCAUCCCCAAGCUCCACAGCCUGGAUCCUGAACAGAAAGAGUACCUGAUAGAAGUGAUUGAAAAGCUACUCAAGGACAAAACCACUCUUGUUGCCGGGAGUGCCGUCAUGGCGUUUGAGGAGGUAUGCCCUGAAAGGAUUGACCUCAUCCAUAAGAACUACCGCAAGUUGUGCCAACUACUGGUUGACAUUGACGAAUGGGGUCAAGUUACCGUCAUCCACAUGCUGACAAGAUAUGCGCGUACUCAAUUUCUAGACCCAAAUCAGCAGGAACAAAAUGGAACAGGGGAAGAAUUUUAUGCCAAGUCAGAUAGUAGUGAGGCUGAUGAUAAUGAUAAUGAUGAAGAUAAGCCAAAACCAGAGAAAAAACACCCUUACAUUAUGGACCCUGACCACAGGCUUCUACUCAGGACUUGUAAGCCACUACUGCAGAGCAGGAAUGCAUCUGUUGUGAUGGCUGUCGCAAGGCUGUACCACCACUGCGCACCUGCUAACGAAGUCACAAUUGUUGCCAGAGCUCUUGUCAAGCUUUUGCGAGGGCACAGGGAAGUGCAGACAGUGGUGUUAAGCAACAUAGCUACCAUGUCUUCCACUCGAAAGGGGACAUUUGAGCCAUACUUGAAAAGCUUCUUUGUACACUCAAGUGAUCCCACCCAUAUUCGCCUGCUCAAGCUUGAGAUUCUAACAAAUGUUGCUGGAGAAACAAGUAUUGGUACAAUCUUAAGGGAGUUUCAGAGUUAUAUCACCAGUGUGGAUAAGCAAUUUGUGGCCUCAACAAUCCAAGCUAUAGGCCGAUGCGCAUCUAAUAUUCCUGAGGUUACAGAGACUUGUCUCGCUGGGCUUGUCAGGCUUCUGUCUAAUAGGGAUGAAGUGGUUGUUGCCGAGAGCGUGGUUGUAAUCAAGAAGUUAUUGCAGCUAAAGCCAAAAGGACUGUCAGACAUCAUUGCUCACAUGGCUAGACUGCUAGACUCCAUAACGGUGCCAAUGGCUCGGGCUAGCAUCUUGUGGCUACUUGGCGAAUACUGUGAAAAGGUCCCAAAAAUAGCACCCGAUGUGCUAAGAAAGGUGGCCAAGACAUUCCGCUCAGAGGAAGAUAUUGUGAAGCUCCAGAUCUUGAGUUUGGGAUCAAAGCUUUCGAUAACUAACCCCAAGCAGACCAGACUGCUCUGUCAGUAUGUGCUAAACUUGGCCAGAUAUGAUCAGAACUACGAUGUCCGAGACAGAGCAAGAUUUCUAAAACAAAUGGUUCUCCCUGGAGAAGCUAGCGGAAACCUACACAAGCACUUGAAGAAGAUCUUUUUAGCAACCAAGCCUCCACCUCUGAUAGAAUCAGUAUUUAAAGAUCGGCAGGGCUACCAGCUUGGAUCUUUGUCCCACAUGAUUAACGCAAGAGCCAUUGACUACCAGGAAUUGCCAGACUUCCCUCCUGUCGCUCCUGACCCAUCAGUGCGCAACGUUGAGGUGGAGCCUAUUUGGCAUGGUGGUGGCAUCAAGAAGGGUAAAAAAAAGAAGUCAACGUUCUACUCUGAAUCAGAAGAUUCCAGUGAUUCGGAUGAGACUAACAGUGAUGAAGAAAGCAGUUCAGCAAGUGAGAGCAAAGAUGAGUCGGGCAGUGGCAGUGAAACAGAAAGUGGCACCGAGUCCGAGAAAAAGUCACAAACUGGCAGUGGUACAGAAUCUAAGAGUGACAGUGAAAGUGAAACUGCCUCAGCCUCGCCUUCAGAAAGUGAAGAGUCUGGAGACAGUCACUCAGACGAGGAGCCCGCAACACCUAAAAAGGCGACACCUGCUAAAGCUAAACUGGCAAAGUUGCCAAAGAAGGAGAACGCUCUUGACCAACUGCUAUUCCUUGAUGACCUAAAUGAUGUCUCAACUCAAUCUGCCCCAGCCAGCUCCAGUCUUUUGUCACCCACAUUGUCACCCACACUUGCAGCGGACAUGGAGUCCCUAUCUAUUGGCAAUGAUUUUACCUUCUCAAAUAUAUCCUCGUUCUCACACUCGUACUCAUCAGCCAAGUCAUACGAAUUGCUGCACAGGAUGGCAGGGAACGGUCUUGCUGCCUUUUACCGGUUUACCCGAAGCCCCUGUAUCUAUUCAACCACGAUGGUCGCCAUAGAGAUCACCUUCACUAAUACAAGCGAUACAAGUAUUUCUGGCAUCCAUGUAGGGGACAAGAAACUUGGUUCAGGAGUGAAGCUUUACGAAUUCCAAGAAAUAGGAUGUCUCAAGCCUGGAGCAACAAUCUCAGUAACUUUAGGAAUCGACUUCAAUGAUACCACGCAACCGGCUAACUUCGAUAUAUGCACUUCCGUUCACAAGUUCCCUGUCGUGAUCAAGGCACCCGUAGGAGAGAUCAUCCAAGGCUGUUCGAUGAAUGAAAGUGACUUCAUCACAGCACAAAGCAAAUUACGUGGGAUGAACGAAAGCACAGGGUCUUUAACGCUACCCUCAAAUCAAGAGACGAGGGAAGAUAUCUGCUCUAGAGUGUGUGCAGCAGCGAACGUCACGCCAGUUCUCGGCUCCCCGUCGGAUGAGACUGGCGAGGUGUAUAGAUUUGCUGGGAAGACCCUGACGCUUGGGAUCCCUGUGUUUGUCAUGAUACGAGUGCGUGACAGUGAUUGUAUAAUCACGGUGAACAGCGAGAAGAUGGUGAUUAAUUCAAUCCUAGUAAAGGAGAUUCAGAACUCUUUACAACUGUAGGGGAAAUACGAUCUAAAUAAUUUGCCUUCUUUAAUCAUGGGAGGGUUAUUUUUACUAAAGCCCUAGCCAUCAUCGUCACUGUCCACAGAAAUAGAGUGCAAACCUGUGAUGUGAGAAGACACCAUUAUUUUCAUCAGUUGAUUCUAGUAACCCAUUAUUUUCGAAGAAAUUUGCUCAAUGAAGAAUAAAACUAUAUAAUGGCUAUGCAAA